CGAAACGGGCACCUUUCUCUCUCCCCCCCCUCCAUGUAACUAUCGCCCUCCCAUCAGUUCGCGCCCCAAAGCCGCGCGCCGCGACAAAGAUGCGCCGCCCGGAUCUCGGCGUCCGCGUCGUGCCCUGCUUCCGCGGCGCGCGGCUCCCGCGGUCGGCCGGCCGCGCGCGCUCUCCGCCAGAGGGCCAGCGGCCCGCCGCCGCGGCGCCUCUCGAGCCACCCGCGGCGCGCGGGGGGGGGGGGGCAAGGAGCCUCGGCGACCUGCACGCCCACACCCUCGGGGUGCUCGCCGCCGCCGAGGUGUCAGUGUUCGACCGGCUGUGGGACCCGGCCAUCGAGAUUGCGAUCUUGCCUGUUUGUUCAGAUGGAGUGUGGAACGUGAUGGAACCCACUGCGGCACUCGAGCUGGCCGUGGCGAAGCAAGACUGCUUGGACGGCCCCGCGCACGCGGUGGCCUCCGAGGCGCAGUCGCGACGGCGCUCAGGCCCGCCCGCCGCGCUUGCGUGGGGGGCGGCCGCGGCGCGCAGCGGCGGCGCGCGGGGCC